CUUGUUGCAAAGCCAUAAAACGCCACCACCAAAAUCGCAACGCAACACACAACACAACACAACACUAAAAACUGACAACUCCUACCAUUAGUACAGUACAGUACAAUAGAAUGUUCCGAAAGCUCCGUGAUGGAAUAUCGGCCGCUGCCAAUGCCUUGGCGGGUUCUACUGGAGAGCAGCAGGGUGUCCAGUCAUUGCAGUCGAUGGGCUUUGGUGCCACAGACGCGCGAAGUGCGUUACAAGCAUGCAAUGGGGACGUGGAGAGAGCUGCAUCCAUGCUUUUAGCUUCCAACAAUCAACAACAACAGCAACAACAUCAUCAUCGUGGUCGUCCAGCCACAACCAAUAAUACCAACAACACUGCCAAUAGUAAUGAUGAUGAAGCCGCGUUGGCUGCAGCAUUACAAGAGAGUCUACAAACAGAAGAAGCACGGCAAUUGGAAGCGGCUCGCGUGGCUUCAGCCGAUCAACCCCCACCACCAUCGGCAGCUACGGUUCGUGCCGGAGAGGCCGCGCAACUCCGAGCAGCACAAGGACGCAAAACGUCCAAAUCUCCACCCCGAACCACCGGAAUUGGCGCUCAUCACCCCGCUGUCAAAAUGCCGACCAAACUGGAACAUCGACCCAAAGAAGAGCAACUGUUGCGGUGUGCGGAUCGCAUGAAAACAUUUCCGCGCGCCGUCGAUACGCUCUACAUUGCACUCACGUCCAUUCAAAAAGACCCGGCCAAUGACAAAUUUCGAAAAAUCGACAAGACGACGGCCGGAUUUCAACGAACAUUGAAACCCGCACCGGGUGCCGAGGAUAUGCUCAAGGCCAUGAAUUUUGUGGAACGGGGUCCUUCGACUUUAGUGCUUACGCGGGAUCGCGUCGAUCCGGCACUCUUGUAUUUGGGAAUUGGUGCCUUGGAAACGACCCGAGAAACACCCGAAUACAAAAAGGGAAAGCAAAAACUGCAAUUUGAAAAGCAAAUGCUGGCGUUAUUGACACAAAGUGAUGCUAGUGAAACAGAGGCGAUCGCCAGAGCCAACCACAUGUCCAAGUGUCCCACGGAACCCAGUGAUGGAAAGGGUGCUCUGAUGCAAAUCAAACUCAACGAGGAUACUACGAUUCGACGACGAUUUGAUGGCGAUGAUACGUUGGAAGAUAUUCUCAACUGGUUGGGAGGGCAUGCGUCUGCCUUGCCAAACAAAAUUUUGUCUCGAGAAUGGAGUUUGAUGGAUAUGAAUCGCUAUCCGCUGGCGCCCAUGGACUGUGAGGAAGACCGCAACAAAACACUCCAGUUUCUUGGUUGCUGGCCCUCGGGGAGAUUGGAAAUUGCACCCAGUGACGAAGGAUGGCAUCAACGCAAGAGUAUUCAUGUCAAAAUGUGA